GAAGAAGUAGCCAUGUAGCCCCACUAACACGUACAGAUUACUGCAGGAAUUUGCAAGCAUGCGUAGGCACAAUCUUUAUCCAGGGCUUUUGUAUAUCUCCUCUUUUGUUCUUAUUUUUCUUACCAUAAGAAGUGUUAAAGAGCUGAUUUUUAUUAGGCAUUUUCUUCAGAGAAACAGUCAUGGAAUCUUAGCAUCAGUGAGUGAUAUAAAAAACGUCAACUUAUUUUCUCCUUUUCAUGUUAUUUCUUCUGGCAUAGGUAUAUAUGUGUUUUGUCAUCAUGGCAACUCCCUGCUCACUUGAUACAGACAAUGUUCUGGACCAGGGAGACUUCAGUCCAAGAACUGUAAGAGUCAUGGAGCAAGCAGGCUGCUCUCUGCUCAUUCAACUUCGCUGCAUGCUUGGUGAUCGAUUCUCAUCUGUCAAGCGCGUUGAGAAUGCUUCAUCUCAGUAUCAGACAUGCAUGUGAAAGUUAAUAUGAAAAAGCAGUAACUCUCCCAAUGUUUAGCACGUCAUGGUCACAUUAGCUAAAUAAUGUGAAGCAGAUGAAGUAGAGGACAUAUGUGAGGAAGGCAAUGGCUAGUGCUGGAUACUAUUCUCAGGUCUGUAAAACUAGUAAUACUGCAAGUGAAUGUGUAACCUGUUUGGGAGGAAGCAACGCACUUGCCCUGAAAAGUUGUUUGACAUAAAGUGAUGCAAGUUCAGUAAUUACAAGGGCUGUCUCUGGUACCUCUGCUACUGAUGCAGGAAAUUACUUUGAACUUCUUUACUGAAGGAGAAUUAAACCAUGCUCGUUCUAAAUAAUUGAUCACUGUUGUCCAAAAGAAAACUCUGAAACUCUUGAAUAGGAAGAAAUAGGUUUUUAUAAAAUGGUAUAAUUUUUUUUUUUUCCAUUUACUGAUUGUAAGAUAAUGUUCAGAAGAAAAACCUGCUGCUAUCCUUUUCGUAUGUGAAUAUUCCACACAGAAGCUUACUAGUACAUCUGCUACAUGUCUCCUUUGAAAGUUAUACUGGUGAGUACUGAACUGAACUGAGGAAACCUUACUGUCUUUGUGUUUCAGUUUCUUUUGUCUCCAAUAGGAAAGGCUGCAAUUAGAAUAUAAACAAAAGUAUUUUUUUCCCUGAAAUGAAAUGUAGGCAGCUUUGGCUGUCUGAUGGUCAUUCACUUUCCGAGAUUCUACUUCAAAGUGAUCUAACUUUAACUGUUAAACAAGAGUGUCUUUCCAUGCAACUGAAAUACACCUUAUAUUCAUGAUUUCUUAACUGGCAUUUUGACUAAUUGCUUUUUUUCCCUCUAAUUAUGGAUUCUAGAAAUGGACCUAUGAACAAGAGUGAUUGUGCUGCUGCUUUCUUAAAUGAGGUCAUUUUGCCUUGUUUUGGACUAGAGUGCAGCUCCACAAGAAGUCGCAUCAGCACAACUGAGGGGUAAACUAGCAAAAUGGUAGAAAGAGUUGGGUGAAGAAAAGGGCAGGAACAUCUUAGUCAGGCUUUGCUCCUGGAAAAAUUGCAGUGUGGAACCAUUUAUCAUGUUAAACAUUGGUUAUGUAUUAAAUGUAUCUAAGUAUUAUUUUUGGCAUGACAAUAUCAUAGAAGUGAUUUGAAAAACAAGAUAUGUAAGUAAACGAUUUUCUGUAGAAAGUAGUUAUUUCUUUUUAUGUGCUUAUGGUGUUUUUAGAAACAUGAGGAGCAGUGAUAUUAUGAUGUGGUGAGAGAAAACCUGAAGACUUCUGACUGGGUUCCUAAUGGUUCUUUAAUAUUAGAAAUGAAAGCUGCAUCUGGAAGACUCUAGAGCAGUAACAACAUCAUAAGUGUUGUAAAAAGUUCUGCUGUUGGGAAGGAAAGGAAUUUUUAUUUAUAUCAGUGGACUAGACCGUUGGGGAUCAACUGGGGACAAAAUGAAGCAGGCAGCUGAUAAAUAUACAUGUUACUGGCUGAUCUCACUUGAUGGCAGAAUUAGGAUGUUAUCAGAGCCAGUCUGGCAAAAUUUGUCCCUUUUAGCAGUAGUUACUUUCAAUUUGGGCUAAGUGCAGUUUUACUUUCUUGUGAAUCAUUAUAGUUACAGGAAUGUAAUCUUAGAAGUCUUGAUUUGUAUUUGUAAUCAAUAACAUCUGUAAUAUUUAUGUUAACAUUACAGUUAGUGCUGUGCUUCCUGGUAUAACGGCACUUCUCAUAUAUAUUUAAGAUGACUCUCAUUUGUUUAGAUACAAAGGUACAGCAUUUGCAAACACUGAAACACAGAUUGUCCUAAAUAGCCAAAAAGGUGGAACCAGAUUCUCCAAAUAAUGAGAUUUAUUCUCUAAUAAAAUGGAAUUAUUUCUCCCAUUCAUUUUUGCCAUUCUUUACACUUUAAUUUCCAGUGGUGUGCUAUGGUGUCUAACUCUGCCGAGAGUGACAGACAGCAAUAAAUAAGGCAUCCUUCCCUCCCACUAUUGAAAGAUUUCCCUCUUUCCAGCGAUGAUAAGUUGUCUGUAUAUAGUCUUUGGAAGUUGGGGAGGAGGGAGGAGGUUGUUUUCAGAAUUUUGUCUGGGUCUAAAUACCAUGUACAAAUUUAGACUCAAAGUAGCAAUUUGUAGGGAAAAUGUUUUUCUCUAAAAGGCAUGAACCACACUGCUAGCAGAUAUUUCUUUAACCUAUUACAUCUGACAGCGUGGCUACAGAGCCGGUGCAUGUAGCUUUGAUGACACAACGUUUGGUAACCAUUUGGGCGCAUUCUAAGUGUGAUUUUAGGGAGCAAGAACAUUUGUAGUAGAUGGCACAAAUUACAUAUUGCAACUUGCUGUAAUUAUGGGGCAGCAUGUUCAGGGAGCGGUCCCUGUAACAUAAUGUAAACUAAUGUUCUUCUAUCUAUUUAAAAAGCCAGGAGAAAGAGACUACUGUUUCACAUCUUAAAAGUACUGAGUGUUCUGGAGGUCACUGGGUGCCUCUGGCCACUCACCCUGUAAAAAUAAGGCCUUUUUUUAAAAUACUCCUAAAAAUAGAUUUGGAGUCUGCUAUUACCUUCCUGGAAAUGUAUUUUGAAAUCUGUUUGUAGUGUUAAAUGAAAUUUGCAGGGUACUUGAGGGUUAGGAUGUAGGGUUCUCUACAUACUUGCUGCUGCUUUUGGCCUGGGGUUUUCCUGAGCUUUCCAUGGAUCAGUAAGGAGGAUGAGGAGAAAUGCAUGUUUGUUUAGCCUUUCCUAGAUUCCUGCUGUCAGAGAACUGGCUAUUGCUUGUGCAGGGAGGUAGCCUGGUCUCAUCUGUCAGCUUCUAUUCGUGCAUACCUCUUCCUCUGAGACUGAAAAUCAGGUAGCUGGGGGGGUUGCUGCUGCCAUCAUAGGUCAUCUUCUAGAUUUCAGUAGUCAGCCCUCAGCAUUCUUAGACUUGAGAAAAAGGCCUCUCACCCUUCUGCGCUCUUUUGAUCUUCUCCUUAUGAGCGUACAAAAUGUGUCAGAACUGACACCCUGCACUUUAAAGACAGGUUCCCGAAUUGCAAGUGAGGACAGUUUUCUGAGCUGUUUAGGUUUCUAAAGGUCUAGCAUUGAAUUAAUGACAUGCUGGCAUUGGAAAUAACUGGUCAUAUUAGAAGAGAAGAGAUGAUAUGUUCUGGUUUUGCUCUAUGCUGCUUUCAUUUUCUUUUCCUCCUGUUUUCCUUGUGUUUUUUCUUUAUGCAGCUGUAUUUAAAAAUACAUCAUUUAUUGACUAUUGUUUUGGGGAUGCUGCCAGGUAUGGCUGUAGGUUUGGGGAUUUAUCCAAAUCCAAUUAAAGUCAAUUGAAUGUAAUGACUCCACUAGCUCUCAAUGGAGAUAAAUUGAAUUCUUUGUAGAGUUUGCAAGGGCUGGCCAAGUUAUCUCAGCAUUUUAAUUUCUGUACGUUUGUGUAUAAUUCUUGCAAGUCAAAAUAUUAAAAUUUUGAAAUCUGAAAUUCCUUCUAUUGCUUCUAUCUCUGUACUUAAAAUACGUAAGAUGUCAAACACAGCAAACCAUGUUAACAAAAAGCUUUCAUGGUUAGAAGUCCAGCUAUAUCCAAUAUAACUUGCUUUCUGCACUACAUUGUAAGUCUUUGAUUAUGUGAUAACAUAAAAUUUAAAAACAGAUACCUCUCAGUUACGUUUUUUUCAUCAACCACAGGUGAUGUGUAACUGUUCUCUUUAUGCUUAACAGUACAAGAAGAGAAUGUCCUUGCCUAUAUUACAGAUUACAUGAAUGUUAGGAAAUCACACGCUGUUUGCAUUAGUUAUUGUGAAUUUAAUGCAUUGUUAAGGUAUCAAGAGAGUUGGUCGAUUCAUGUUGUUGUGAAUUAAAAAAUGAUAAUGAGAAAAUUGCUUAGAGUUAAGUUACAGUAUUCAUUAUUUUGCUGUCUGAUAAUUAAUAUAUUACUGAAAAGAAAAAAAAAUGUAAUGCAUGCAGAAACACGUGUUUUCAUGGCAGCUUCUGAUUUACUAAUGCUGACCAAAGACAAAUAACUAAUAGAAAUAAUUUCCAAAUAUGGAUCUUACAAGUGAUUUCAUAUCCUUUUGAGAAUACUUUGAAGACAAACUACUCUGUCUUUUUGAUUGUACCUUUGUGCUUGAGGACUGGCACAAUUGUAAAUACAAGCAAUUCUUAAGUAGAUAAUAGUUAAGCCAAGAGCCUGUAUAAGCCUCAAUUAUUAUUUAAAAAAAAAAAAAUCUAAUUGAGAAACUGUAAGGUAUACUGCAAUCACCUUUAAAGAGUACUGUACACACAAAGAGAAAAAAAAAUGUUUGAACUGAAACUGAAGAGUUACUGCCCUGGACUUGUUACCUUCUCCCUUUGUUGUGUAUUUUUGUAGUUAAGAAUCAGCUCAUGAGAACUGUUGAUUCCCGUAACUUCGACAGUGAUGGUGAGGGGAAUAAAGUACUGUGUUCUUGUCCAGGUUAAUUUUUUUGUUGUUACAACAUGCAGGAGUUCUUUGGGACAGGCACUAUGCAGAAGUCAGGUGAAAAGACUGUCCCUGUUUUAAGGAGAUUUACUGAAAUACCUAUUUUUUUUAAAAGAAAGAUUAAUUGCAUACGGCGUAGAACAUUACCUGCUCCAGCACCUGCCUUCAUGUAUUUUUCUCUAGCAUAACUUGACAUAUAAGAGUUUAUUCAGUGCCCAGAUGGCCUGUAUACAGGAGCAGCAAAUAUGCAGAAUUCUGAACAUUGUGAACUUGCUGUAUGGUAUGUCUGGCACAUCCAGUGAGUCAGAGAUGUCCAGUCUAACACUCAGUGUGUACAUGUGGAGUACGGUAUGUCCAGAACACUUGUGACUUGUGCGCUGCAGAACAUGGCAUUGGACUAAACAUCUUGGUCUGCAUAUGUAUAGGUACCGUUGCCCAAGUUAUCUUGAAUCUGAAAGUUCUCACUUUCAGUGGUGAGAUUCCUGUUUCCACCGGGGCAUAAUUUCCACACAGAAAAAGAGGACAUCACCGGAGGAACUCCAGAUGUGCAAUAUCCACUAUUCAGCAAAUCAAAUGAACAGAUUUGGAAGUCACAGUAUAGAGCAUGAUCUCCUUCAUAUCGCUAGAACUGCAGAGAGGGACAAAAAUCUGCCUGUAUGAAAUAACAUGCAGAUCAAGGCUUUAGAGGGGUGAAAUCACUGGACCUGCUGAUAUCAGUGGAGACUAAGAAUUAAACUCUAGGUCCUCAAUAGGUUCUGGAUGGUUAUAAUCAGGACAAUAAUACCAAUAGAGAGGGUAAUGCUGCAGGCGAAGUGUAACUAGAUUAAAGAGGCAGCAUGUGAUGAGAGAUAAAUGGAGAAGAUGGAAAAACUGGAAGGAAACUGAAGAAGGGAGGCUGAGAUACAGGAAGAGGUUAGUGACCAGACAGCUUUCCAGAAGCAAGCCUUUGUUCCAUUACUGAGAGAUCUCUUUGGGAUUGCUGGACAUGGGACAUCUUCUCAGAAUCUUCCUGAAGAACAUUUCUGGAAGGAAAAGAGGAUGGACAAUCAAUUUUAGGCAACCUGGAUUUAAGGCUGAAGAACAAUGGCUUCCUUCAGCAACCUGACUAUUGGCAUUGCUGUUGCCAGUUUUACUGUAUUUCAGCUCCUGUUCCAUGUUUUAAGUUCUUGGGUGUCAAAACGACUAACACCUGGUUUUAACAAUCUCAGCCAAAAAAGGAAGAUUGAAUGGAACUCAAGGACAGUGUCCACAUUCCAUGCCUUGGUGGUUGGUGGUUUUUGCCUAUAUAUUUUGUUGUACGAUGAUGCUGUUAAUGCUGACCGUCUCUGGGGUGACCCUUCAAUUGUGAAACUGAAUAUUGCUAUUACCACAGGCUACCUCAUUUCUGAUUUGUUGCUUAUUAUUUACUACUGGAAGGCAAUUGGUGACAAAUUUUUUGUAAUACAUCACUUGGCAGCUCUGUAUGCUUACUAUUUUGUACUGAGCAAAGGUCUGUUGGCUUAUUUUGGAAACUUUCGUCUGCUUGCAGAGUUCUCCACUCCUUUUGUCAAUCAGCGGUGGUUUUUUGAAGUACUGGGAUAUCCCAAAUCUUCAAAAGCCAACAUCAUUAAUGGUGUGCUGAUGACAGUUGUGUUCUUCGUGGUGAGGAUUGCCGUCAUGCCUACAUAUUACAGCCAUGUAAUUUCUUCAUUUGGAACAGAGGCUUUCCAGAGAUUAGGAUUUGCAGCCCAGAGCGCCUGGAUUAUCUCAAGUGUUGUCUUGGAUGUUAUGAAUGUGAUGUGGAUGGUCAAAAUUGCAAAAGGAUGCUACAAAGUCAUUUGUCUUAUCGGACAGGAGGAAGCCAAAACUCAUAGAAAUGGAAAAUCUGACUAGAAAUCAUAUGCAUAAAAUGAAAUUUCUGCUAUGAAAAUAGUUUGAGUUCACUGAAACAGUGCACAUUUCUGCCAUGGAAUGCUCCUAUUAAGGAAACAAGGUAUUACCUCUGUACUGACCUUAUUCUUUCCCUAGCCACACUGCCUGCACACCCAGGGCCACGCUUUAUGGAUCCUGUCUGAUGAGGAAUAAAAGCAAAAGCUCGCACAAAUGAGUUCCACAUAUCUGUUCUAAGCAGUUACAAGCUACUGGAAUUAGAAAUGAGCAGACUGGUUACUUGCUUGUUAUCCACCAGUGUGUUCGAAGUGUUUCACUCAGGUUUCUUAGAUUAAUGUGUUUUAUAAAUCCAAUGAGUACUGACAUCUCUCUUUUUUUAGAAAACAGAAAAACUCCCCAAACUCCUGAUAUGGUGCAAUUUUCCUGGCACGUUUCUAUGUUUUCCUCUAGGAAUAACAAUCAAGAUUUCAUUCUUGACAACUUUUUAAUUUUUGCAAGAAAAUCUAAAAAUUUAGCUUUGAUUCUGUGAAGUCUUUUACUGGUUUUUGUUCUGCCUUCUAUGAAUGCAAACCAUUUUGGGAAAUUUAUGAAAUAAUUUUAUCUAAAGUAUUGUAUUAUAAGAUUACAGAAUAUCUUAAAAAUUGUUGAAAUUCUCUGAUCUUGAUGAGAAGGAUUCACUUUUGCUCUCUUAUAUUACAUGCAAUACUGCAUCUUCUAAAUUGCCCGUGGGAUUUUUUUCAUAAGUUAGUAUGGUAAAUGAUGUGUGAAAACAGCAUAAUUCCUACUGGAGUGCUUUUUCCUUUGCUGCUGCUACCUUUGAGAAGUGCUGCAACUCUCCUCAGAGUAUUUUUAACCAUUGGCUAUUUGGAUACAAAGUUUAAUUGUAAAGUGUUUAAUUUCUUCUGUGUAUGUGAUGUGUAACUUACAGUAGUAUUUUUUCUUUUAUCAAGAAAUGACCCUUUUGAUAUGAAGUGUAGAGGUUUGCAUUGUUUUUCUGAGAUUUGAAUUCUUGAAUUAACUGUGCCAAACUUCCAUAAAGGUAUAUGGUAAUUCUGUAGAAUGACAGUUCACUUCUGUAGGCACAAUAUUUUAUUUUUUUUUUAAACCAUGUAUUUGUCAGUAGGUACUCUGUUCCUUUUUCUGCAAACUUAAAGGUUUGGAGGGCAUCAGAGAGGAGCCUUACCAUCUAGGAAUAUUAUAGAAUCAAAUUAUCUAAUUUAUAAUACAAUUUGAGGAAAUUCUGGGGUUUGUUUUAUUUUUAAAUGAUUUUAAGAGCUGUAUUUUUGUGUAGUUUGGUCUUGUUUUGCUUGCUUUAAACCAUAUCUGACUUGGGACUGAUUAACUUCUGUUUUUUUUCCCUUGGUGUGAGGUUUUUUGGUGUUUUUUUUUUUUUUGUUUUUUUUUGACAUUAUUUGUUAUAUCUUCUGGUAAGGUGUGCUAAAAGUAUCCAUUUUCACUCAGUACUUUAGUGCACAUAGCAGUUACUGUAGCAGACUGUUUAAGCAAUUUGUUUUUAAACAAAAAGGUAAAAUAUUUACUCUGUGUAAGGUAAUUAGUUUUCCUCUUGUCCUGUUCCCUCUAACAAAGCCGAGUGAUGUGUACUCUCCCCUCUGUAGCUGGAGUGUGAGUGCCUGAUACUGUGCUCCUGGGUGAGGGACGCAGCAUUCCCCUCUUCCAGGAAUCCGCUGUCUGUAAGACCCCAAGAGGACUGCAUAGCCUGAAAUGCCUUAUAACAAAGGCAUCUGCAAUGAGUUUAGUUCCCCGGUUAAAAUGAUGUCAGGGAGUAUUGUUUAGGCUAACAUAAUAUGCACUUUUAUAGGCCUAGUUCCACUGUUUAACUGGGCAGGCUUUCUUCCAAAAUGGUUUCCCAGUCCUGCCUUGUUGAAGGAGAUAUCAAGGAUUGUUAAUACUUCUGCUUUAUGGAUUCUGUACUUAUUAAUACUUCAGAAGCCUGCAGACAAAAGAUUCGUUUAUGCCUUGGGAAAGUUGGCAAUUAAUCUGGUUAGCUGUAGGAUUUGAGUGAGUACAGUACUUUAUGUGGGUACCAGUAAAUCCAUAGUCUUUGAGAGUUGAUCCUGUGACCUGCUUUGCUGAAAGAAACAGGCUCCCUUUUAUACUAAUUUGCAGAACCUGGUAUCUUUCAGAAUAGUGAUUUCAAUGUAUGUAAUGUAAAAUCUAGGCAAUGUACAAAGGCUCAAUGUUUCUGUCACCUUUAUGUUUUAAAAGCAUACACGAAUUACUUUUUUCUUGUGCUUUUUAAGUCACUAGACCAGGGAAUCAUUUUGUAAUACCUUGUUCCUUUCUAGAAUAAAUUUUAAGUUGAGUAAAUUCCAACAUUUUUGAGAAUAUGUUUGAAAGUAGAAGUCUGCUUUUGUUAUUCAGGAAGUAGGAUGGAAAAAAAAAUUGAUAAAGAUGAUGAUUUGGAACAACUCUUAAGGUGAUAACUCAUGAAAACUGUUUGAAACUCACCCCAUUUUAGCAUUAAUCUUCAGUAUUUCAGUACAUUUAAUCCUUUGUUUUCAAUGGAGAACAUUUAUUAAAAUGGCCCAUUUCCUUCACUUCUAGGUGGGCCUGUUUGAUAGGGAGGGAAAAAAGGUAAAUCAAACUACAAUAAAAUUAUGUUAAAACUAGAUUGAAAAAAAACCCUGAAACCCAAACCCUGCAUAAUACACUUUGGGCAACAAUCUGGAACAGAAGGGCAGUGGGUCAUUAUUUAAUAACAUGUAAUAUUUCAGAUCACUGUACAAAAUUAGUGUAGUUAAACCAAUAUUUUGCAAUGCAUUAUGUUUAAAUUUUCUAUUUUUUUUUUUUUAUGUAUUACUAUUAUGUCUUGAUGCACUUACUAUGUGUCAGAAGACAACUUUCUAAUGAAAAAAAUUAACAUUUGUGCAUUCGGCAAGGACUGUAGUAAACAGGCUGCAAAGUUGUGAUGUACUGAAUACAUUAGUAUAGGGCACUUUAGAAGCUUGUAAUACAGCAAAUUAGAUAGAUGUGGCACUCAUUUUUCAAUUGCACUUCAUUAAUUUUAAAACUGUGGUGAAAUAUUGAUGAAAUCUAAUGUUGCAAGCUUGUGUCUGCUUUUUUAUGCGAAAAAGAAAAUGCAUGAUAAGUAGCAUUGUAAUAAAUGCUACCUUUAGAAUGUAAUAUUAUCUUAUUAGUGGCUUAAAACUUCUAUUUUUAACAGUUGCAUCGUCUAGUGUAAAAGCAGACUCUUGGUAUGUCACCAGGUUUCUUUGCCAUGGACAUAAACAAACGGAAGGAGUUAAUCCUGUAAAAAAAUGCUCAGAUAUCUUGUUCUUCUUUUCUUUUACAUUCUUCAGUACCAGGUGACACAAAAUUAGCACAACGAUCGUGGUGCUAUUUGUACUGUUAAGGCUGUAUGUAGGAAUGCAAAUUUCCCUUUUUUAUGGCUUUACUUUUUCAUCACAAGAUGAGUAAUUACCACUUUCAGACCUACUACAGGGGAAUGGUAGGUAAAGUUUUGCUUUCAUGGUUGAUUUGUGGAUACAGUACUUGCAGAGAGGAAAUGUACUUCAAAUACUCAUUUUCUCAGUGAGUGUUCCAGUGGAUUUCAAUGAAGUCAAGAGCCUUGCACUACAGAGAUGCUUUAUGGGUUAUCUAUGUGCAUUCUUCAGUAGAAAGAAUUACAUCUCUGAUGCCUACUGUACCUCUGUAAAUACAUACUAUCUUGAGUGGGCUCCAUAAUUUGAUAAUUUAAUUGCUUAAAAAAUAGAACCUAUUGAAUAAUGAAAAAUACCCUAUGCACAGGAAAAUGAGGAGAUCUGACAUAAAAAUUCAUAACAAUUCAAAAUUUUGUGUUAAAAUUUAUAAAAAAUGAAAUUAAUUACAGUAUCUGGAAGAGAAUUACUUCCAUCUUUACUUGGAAAAUUAUGGGAGAAGAUGACUCAUACUGCAGAACUAACGUUAACCUAAGAGUAAAAGCUUUCACAAGUGAGGAAAUGUGUUCAAGCAGGUUUAAAGAGGAGAGGUGGAUCCAGCUGUCUUCCUGCUGCUGUGGUUGGGACAACAGCAGGCUGAUAGGUAGCAAAAAGGUUUAGGUAUUUGUAUAUCUCUGUUCACAGUGGAAAAUUAAACUUUUCUUUAGUGGAAAAUUAAACUUUUCUUUAAUGUGUUCAUGCUGUAUAAAAUGGGUUAUCAGUUGUUGAUUGCUGUUUGAAGAGGACUUUCUGUCAUGGACUUGUGUGUCUUUAAGUACAUGUACAUACAAGCUUUCUGUAAAAGAUCAUCUAAUAGAGAAGUUUGUAAAAUUGUUUUGUGAUGCUUCUGCUGAGCCAUUUGGAGGAAAAUUAAAGGGCUGCUUGACAAUUACUUCAUCUUAGGAUCAGGUGCAGUGUUGGCUGCUGGCGAAAGCCAUCAAUAAAGCAAAUAGAAAGGGACUAGGAUUUUCAGAUGAAAAAAUACAAGUGUAGAAGUCUUUGAAAAGUAUGGGCAGCCCUCUUGCAUAUUUUUAAUAGCCUACUGUACAACAUCAUUAUCUGGCUACAAAGAACUUCAUGAGGAAGGAUUUGUUCCUGGUGGAGUUUCUCUAUCUAUGGAAUAUAUUUGACACCUGGAAAGAGAACAGUAUUUCAUUGCUGAGAUCCUGACAGCAGUCAAAUGGAAAUAGUGACCAAUAUUUAUGAACUUUAACAUUCAUCCAAAUCCAGGUAAAAUCUCUUUGUUGGACAGGUGAAGGUCUUAGCAUUUUCUGAAAGCAACUUGAAAGUUCUUUUUAUGGUAGAGAUGAUGAAGAUGUGGUGCUUGGGAUGUUUAGAGAUCUGGGACUAAGCAUCAAAUCACACUUUUAUGUAGUAACAUUUGUUAAGGUUUCUUAUCCAUUACAAAUCUCUACUAGCUACCUCCUUUGACAUUCUUGCUCUAUUUAUAAUAACCAAGCACUUUAUAGCUCAGUAAAUAAAGGAAGGUAGCUAUGAAGAAUAAAUUGUAUUGUUUGGUAUAAGAAAUAUUUUGGCAAAAUUUCUUCUGAGAUCAGUUUCAUUGUGUGAUGUCCUGCACGGGGAGGGUAUGUGAUUAUAAUGAUGUAUAUACAUUUUUAAUCUACUUGUAAAGGAAAUGUCUUUAAGGGAGUAAAUUAUGGAGAGUUUAGCAUGGCUUGGUAUCAACCAUAUAAUGAUUUCAGUGUGCUAUUUAUAACUUCCUACUUAAUGAAAUUGAAAAUAUAAAGGCAAAUAAAAUAUUCUGUAGUGUAUCUUUAUUUUUAAUCUAUGUGUGGGAUGUCAAACAUUGUACUUGUCUUGUGGACAGGACAUGCUUUUAUGAGCCUACAAAUAUUUAAGUAUAUGAGAAUCUGCACCCAAGUGGAACAUGUUGCAUGUAAAUUGUCUUCUAAAUUUUAAAAUUUUGAUAUUUUUAGAAAUUUGCUUGGUUUGAAAGCAACAUUUACAUAUUGAUACCAGGCUGUAACACAGAACAUAACACUUUGAGUGCAAUGUGGGAUAUAUUUGCUUUGUUUAUUGUAAUCCUAUUCUAGUUUCACAAGAGAUAUCCAUCAUACAAUAAGGGGAAAGGAGGAAAAGGGCUAAUCAUGAGCUCGGCUAUAUAAUUUGCACACUUAAUAUGCACACAUCCAAAUAUCCUGAAUUUGUUUCUAGCAUGCAUAUACCAAACAGUGUUUUCUUUAAUACUGAUAGAUACCUAUGUCUGUAGAAUAAUUUAAUGUGUAAGCACAGCUAAACUGAUAUAAAACCAAAUUACAAAAACUGUUGGGAACAAAUGAGUUACAAGUUAGGCAUAAGUAAUGGAGCCUGUAAUUCAAAAAUGUUUAUAUAAUCUUCUCUCUAAGAAGACACUUGAUCAAUAUAUCUAACUCAUGCAGAGCAAGGAUGUAAAUUCUGCCAGACUGAUUUCUGGUAAAUCUUGACAAUCUGGUUUGCCGUAAAUACUAAUACUGUCACAAAAUUUCAGGGUGGCAUUAUUAAAUUCAAAUAGUAAUGUGGCCCAAUUGUAAUAGCAAUCCUUAUCACGGCACAAGAACUUAAAAUUGCAAUAUAACAAUUCUGCAGAUUGGUGAUAAAGGUAAUCAGUCUUAGUAAGGCAGAUGAUUGAGUAUUAUGGGUUUAAAUUUACUUUUCAUUAUAAAAAUAUUUCUUAAUUAUAUGUUUGCAUUUCAGUGUUAUUGUAAAGCAUUUCUAUAUUUUGAUUGAACAGUUUAGGAGCUUGCAUAAAAUGAUAUUGGCUGAUUUUUUUUUUUUCAUUUCAUAUAUGCAAUAAUGUCAAUAAGCAAUAAAUUGCAUGUUGUAUGCAAGGUAUUGGUACUUCAUAAUAAAGGAAAGGAACACA